UACUGUGGACAAUUCUAACAAAACAAAUGACUAACAAGAAGUAUUAUAAGGAUGUGAAGAAAAUUAACAUCAAUAUUGAGAACAAUAAUAUUACAAGUAAUGGUAAAUAACAAGUUAUUGAAACUGUGACAAAAUACAGAGACCGAGGAGCCAGCAAUGGAAGCAUUUUAGGGGUACAGAAUAAAAAUUAAAAUAACAAUAGAUUAUAAUGACCUAUUGGAAUACGAUAUCUAAUAAUUACCUAUUAGUAACAGUAUCACUAAGGUACCAGGAGGCCCUAGAAUGAUGGAGCAGUGGCAGGAAAGUAACAACAUAUUUAAUAAUGAUGAAUUAACAAAUCAAACCAGUACUUUAAUUUUACAGUAUUAAAAAUUAAAAGUACUAAUAAUUUAUGUGCUAGGAUAUCCUUAAUGUCAUUGAACUGAACAGAAUACUGCUCUGAUAAUAGAGAUAAUUAAAAUAUUUAAAAUAAUACAAAAUGUUAAUUUCCCCCAGUGCGAGAAAAAUACCACCAGUAAUCUAGAGUGAAAAGUAAAAUGCUCUUCUUAGAAAACGAGUUGGCUGAAAGCGACGGACCGAGCGAAAGGGCGCCCAGCCUGCGGGCCGCGUCCACGGAGGGGUCCGCGAGAGGGGCGAGCGCGGAGGCUGCGGGCCGCGCGGGCCGCGGGCUCCAGCUGGUGCGGAACCCGGCUGUGCCGUUCGCGCCGGGGCUCCAGGUCCGAGGGGAACCAUGGGGGCGGCCACUCUGGGCCAGCCGGGAGGGAAGAAAAGGAAACUAGCGGGGAGCUCCAGCCAGGGCGAGGGCCAGCUGUCGCGAUGUCGGGAUGUGUCUCCGGGGCCGAGAGAAAAGGAAGAAGCGAAGGAGAGCACCACGCACGCCGCCCUCGUCUCGGAUCGGAGCCGUGGGACUGGCGUCAGUGGAUGCCGGCCGCGGCCGUGCUCCGUGCACAGGACUGAGAGCGCCGGGCGUGAGUCAGACUGCGGCCCUGCAUGGCUCCUGGUGUGACAAGUGCCCCGUAGAGGACCCAGUGGCCAAGACAGCAUUGCGCCAGGCGGCGCGUCCUCCCGGCCCCGCGGUCCGCCGCACCUGGGACCAGCCGAUCGCGGCGGCCCAUCCCGCUGGCCCUAGAUACAGUUGGAACCAGCGUGUUGGGCCAGAGCGUGCAACUCCCCUCGUCGAGCAGUGUCCCCUUGGCCGGGGGGGGCUCCGGGUUUCCUAGGCCUGGCUCGGAACCCGCAUGUGGCCCAAGGCGGGUACAGGCGCUAGCCAUGCCGGGCAAGACUUGUUUCCUGCUGCCUGUGGCUGGAGGCCUGGGAGGGCUGUCAGCUUUAUCUUUAUGGGCUUUUCCCAGCCCCAACUCGCCCAGGCCCCUUUUUAUCUCCCUGGGUUGCACUUGGCUUGUUUACUUUGUGAGGCCCUGGGAGCCAAUGUCUAGGACCUGGGAUGGGGAGGCCAGUGGGCAGGAUGGUCAGAGGCCUGGGCCUUGGGAUGCUCAGGGAGACCCAGGAGAGAAAAGAAAGAAGACAGGAAGAGAGGCAGCCAGGCACAUAGAAAGACCCACCAGGUGCCAAAGAAGGGAGAAGAGCAGGGAGGUGGAAAGGAGAAGCAGAGAUAAUGCAGGGGUGCAUCCAUGAUGGAGGCAGGAAAGGCAGGUCCUGCUGCCUGGGCUCUCAGCCUGAUAUCUCAGUACCAACUUCUAGAAGGGAGCAGGCACUUGGGGCAGGCUGGUGAAUAGUUUUGGACACUUGCGGAAGGACGGCUGUGCCUGGGAGCAGGACUAGGUUGUGCCUGUGACCUGGACCCACCCAACAGGCCUGGUCCUUAGCUAGGAAGGGUCUCAGUCCUUUGCCCCAAAGCAGAGCCCUUUGGAGCUAAAGUGUGACUGAGUGAGCCAGCGAAUGUGAAUGUGUGGGCAAGGCUGUGAGGCCCCUGGCUGAGUUCAAGGCCUGAAUCAGAGCUGCCCUAGGAGAGUGUGGCUGCUUGAGUGACUAGAAAGCUCUGUGUGGGUGCUUGUGUCUGGGUGUGAGGCUGUGUGUGCCUGUGUGAGGGACCCAGAAGCUGUCUGUGGGAGUGGGAAUGUGCAGGAGUGAAAGCCUUUGGUUCAGGAAGGCUUUACCUGACUGCUGUCUAAGGGAGUGGGUUAGGGCAGAUGGGUGAGCAAGGGCCUGAGGGACUGCCCAGCCCUAGGCUCUUUCUGCAGGUGUGGAGCCCCAGGAGCUUGGGCCCUGCCCUCCUGGCCCGGCCGUCCUCUGGUGCCUACCCAGGAAGUGUCCUGGCUGCCCUGACCCAAGAGUGGGCCUGGACCCCAGUUAUUAGGAAACAGCGAAAAGAGACCCAGGCCUCAGGCUCCACUGGAGCCGAGCAGGAGGGAGGGACUGGGGGUGCAGCUGGGGCAAUGCCGAGAGGGCGGUCCUUCCCCCAGGCCUGCUCAUCACACAGCCCCACACCCAGGAGCAGGCAGACCUUGAACCGCACACAGACCCUCCCAGGUUCAGAACCCAGAGGGAGGAGGCCACGGUCCUACCCUCCGCAUUUUCUCCCUCCCGCAGCUCAGAAGGGGGCGGUGUCCACGUGCGCCUUUCCCUCCCGGGCCCGAAGUCCCCCGGCCGGGCUGGAGCGGGCUGUGGGGCCUCUGGCGAGUGUGGACCCGGGCAUGUGACUCGGUGUGUGCUGUGCCCGCAGGAGAUGCUGCAGGAUAAGGGCCUGUCGGAGAGCGAGGAGGCCUUCCGGGCCCCGGGCUCGGCGCUGGGCGAGGCCAGCGCUUCCAACGCCGCCAACGCCCCCGAGCCCGCGCUGGCUGCGCCGGGCCUCAGCGGAGCCGCGCUCGGCAGCCCCCCGGGCCCCGGCGCCGACGCCGCCACCGCCGCCGCCGCCGCGGAGCAGACCAUCGAGAACAUCAAGGUGGGCCUGCAUGAGAAGGAGCUCUGGAAGAAGUUCCACGAGGCAGGCACCGAGAUGAUCAUCACCAAGGCGGGCAGGAGGAUGUUCCCCAGCUACAAGGUAAAAGUCACAGGCAUGAACCCCAAGACCAAAUAUAUCCUGCUGAUUGACAUCGUCCCUGCAGAUGACCACCGCUACAAAUUCUGUGACAACAAAUGGAUGGUGGCAGGGAAGGCUGAGCCGGCCAUGCCAGGAAGGCUCUAUGUCCACCCCGAUUCUCCUGCCACUGGGGCCCACUGGAUGCGGCAGCUGGUCUCCUUCCAGAAGCUGAAGCUCACAAACAACCACCUGGACCCCUUCGGCCAUAUCAUCCUCAACUCCAUGCACAAGUACCAGCCACGGCUACACAUCGUGAAGGCUGAUGAGAACAACGCUUUCGGCUCCAAAAACACAGCCUUCUGCACCCAUGUGUUCCCAGAGACUUCCUUCAUCUCUGUGACCUCCUACCAGAAUCACAAGAUCACACAGCUGAAGAUUGAGAACAACCCUUUUGCCAAGGGAUUCCGGGGCAGUGACGAUAGUGACCUGCGUGUGGCCCGGUUGCAGAGCAAAGAAUAUCCUGUGAUCUCCAAAAGCAUCGUGAGGCAGAGGCUCGUCUCCACCCAGCUCUCCGCCAAGCCUGACGUCAGCCCCCUGCAUGGUGCCCACCAGACGCUCCAGCACUACCAGUAUGAGAAUGGGGCUCACGUGCAGUUUGCUGCAGCUGAGCCACAGGACCUUCCCCUCAACACCUUCCCGGCACAGAGGGACUCAAGCCUCUUCUAUCACUGCCUGAAAAGACGAGCAGACAGUGCCCGCCAUCUGGACCUACCUUGCAAGCGAUCCUAUCUGGAAGCUCCCCCUGCAGUGGGAGAGGAUCAUUAUUUCCGUUCUCCCCCUCCCUACGACCAGCAGAUGCUGAGCCCCUCCUACUGCAGUGAGGUGACCCCAAGAGAAGCCUGUAUGUACUCAGGCUCGGGGCCCGAGAUUGCCGGGGUGUCUGGGGUGGACGACUUGCCCCCACCCCCCCUGAGCUGUAACAUGUGGACGUCAGUCUCCCCGUACACAAGCUACAGUGUUCAGACCAUGGAGACUGUGCCUUACCAGUCCUUCCCCGCCCACUUCACCGCCACCACUAUGAUGCCUCGGCUGCCCACUCUCUCGGCUCAGAGCUCCCAGCCGCCGGGGAACACGCACUUCAGCGUCUACAAUCAGCUCUCACAGGCUCAGGUCCGCGAGCGGGGGCCCGCCGCCUCCUUCCCGAGGGAGCGCGGCCUGCCCUCCGUGUGCGAGAGGAAGCCCCCCUCGCCACACCUGAAUGCUGCCAAUGAGUUUCUCUACUCUCAGAGCUUCUCCCUGUCCCGGGAGGCGUCCUUACAGUAUCAUUCAGGAAUGGGAACUGUGGAGAACUGGACUGACGGAUGACUCCCCUGUCCGGAGACAGCCCCAGGACCAUGUCAAUCCAGUGUUAACCUCUGUGGGUGGCCUGCACUACCGAGA